UUCUCACCUUCCCAAGACGUUUAUGUUUCUAUCCGCUGUUUCUUUUGUCAUUUAGGUAUGUGCCCUUGCAUUGCGAUGCUACACGUUUCUGUCGGAAGAAUAUAACCAUGAAUGGUUCCGCCACAAAAUGGAUAAGUACGAGUGUUGCUGGAAAAUACGAAAAAUGCAGCAAUGGAAAUCUUUCAAAUGGAAAUCAUGUCUUUAUUAAGGAAAUUGUAAAUGUAAGCACUAUGCAUACAAAAGUGACUACGACUAAAACCACCACUACGGCCAAUAUGACGUUAGACAGUGAAACGGGAGAAAAAACGGUGACGGAAUUUAGCGUGUCAGGUGUGUCGGAAUUUACGGAAGUUGACAGACGACAUAAAGAUGAAGUACAUUGUCAUAUCGACUCCCAUGCAGAAAAAGGUGAUAAAGGUGUUUAUGAUUCUGAUGAUUCCGACGAAGAACAUAAUUCCAAAGGAUUAACAAAGUCUUUUUUAGAUGGAUUAACUAUAUGCCAAUAUAAAUUAAAGUGUAUGGCAUUGGACCAAAACAAAAUGAAUCAUUCCAAAGUACAUGUAGACGAAAGUGAACCUACUGGACACGAGGAGGCUCCCUUCGAGUCACGUGAUGUUAAAAUCCGGAACGGCUGCUGGAUCACGGACGAGUAUGACGUCUCCGAUCUAUUGUUGGGCAGGGGUAAAUUUGGUGAAGUUAAACAGUGUAAAGAGCGGAAAACAGGACGAGAGCUGGCAGCAAAGUUUAUAGAGGUGAACGGACCUCAGGACCGGUUCGAUGUUCAAAAUGAGAUUGAGAUGAUGAAGAAUUUACAACACCCCCGAUUACUACAGUUAUAUGAUGUGUUCACGAAAAGAAACCAUUUUUGUCUGGUACUGGAGCUAAUAUCUGGCGGUGAAUUAUUUGAACGUGUCAUAAAUGAUGAUUUUAUACUCACAGAGAAGGCUUGCAUAAUGUUUAUGAGACAAAUAUGUGAAGGCAUAGAAUUUAUGCAUAAUAACAGUAUUUUGCAUCUUGAUUUAAAGCCCGAGAACAUACUUUGUCUUACAAGAGAAGGAAAUCGAAUCAAAAUAAUCGAUUUUGGCCUCGCAAGACGAUAUAAGCCGAACGAAGAUCUCCGAAUAUUGUUUGGUACACCGGAAUUCAUGGCACCGGAACAGGCAAACUUUGAGCCUAUCUUUCCAUCGACAGACAUGUGGAGUAUAGGAAUCAUCUGCUAUAUAUUAUUUCGGGGGUUAUCGCCGUUUUCGUGCAGUGAGGCGAACCCAAUUGCUAAUAUAGCAGACGCCCAACAAUGGGAUUCAAAGCUUGAAGAGUUUGAGAGUAUAUCUGCUGAAGCAAAAGACUUCAUAUCAAAACUAAUCGUGAAAGAUACAACGAAACGUAUGACGGCUACAGAAUGUCUGGAACAUAAGUGGCUGAGGCGAUCUGCUAAACGUGAGCGCAUUCCGACAAGGUCUCUGUCAACUAAACGCUUGAAAAAGUUCGUUUACAGACGGAAGUGGCAAAAAGCGGUUAACGCAAUGUUGGCACUCAAACGCAUGGGCGUCAAAUUAUAAAACAAAUUUUAAAAA